UAAGUUCAGCCAAUAUUAUAUAUAUAUGUAUAUAUUUGUAGCAUUUUGUCUAUAUUAUUAUUUACUGCCAAAAUAAUCUGGUUGGCAGUUUUCCCGCUGUCAUCUAUAUUACACUUAGAUUUCGUAUCCGAUCGGACCUCUGAAGACCGUCUAAAGAUAACAUCUACUUGAAAAAGCGAAGAUUCUUUAUUUUCUCCAACAGCGAUGGCCAUACUUUACUAUCUCCUCACUUUGCUUCUUGUGCUUCCUUAUAACUGGGCUUGGUAUGAUCCGCAACUGAGCGAAUUAAACAGUAUUCGUGUCAAUCCUAGUGCAAGGGAUGUACCGCUAAACAGGUUCCAAAACAGACUUCAGACUCUUCUCAGACAAGCACGGAAGAGAGGCUGUGAUAGUAAAAUAGGCGGGCUUGGAGGCCAGUGUCCAACGUACCACACCUCGUUAGAUUUAGACAGAUGGCGUUAUCUGGACAGUUCGCAGAGUCCCGGCCGGAGGAAGAGGAAUAUCAUUCAAUUAAAAUCAAAACUGCAGCAGAAGCGUGGCACCAAUCUUAUGUGAAGAAUGCUUUAUUAAUUCCUAAACAAAAACAAACAUUAUUUAUCUCGUGUUUAUGUUUCGAGAAUAAAGAGAAAUAUUUCGGCAACA